GAUGUAUUCGUACAAACUAUUGUCCUUUCUCUGCGCUCUCACACUCUCCUUUUCCAAAACCAAAGUAGGAUUCCUUAUCUCAAAACAAGACAGGUACAACAAUGCCCUGAAGAGCUUAUCCAGCUACGCCGCACAGAACGUGUCCUAUACUCUGGUAACAGUGGAGUAUGAUGACACCGAACUGCAGAGCAUGAUAGAAGCAUGUUGUCAGCUGGUGACGGAGGGAGUUUCUGUGGUCAUCACCAAAGGAGAUUCUCCAAACACCGCCAUUCAGUCGGAUAUAUUCUCACCCUUGAAAAUACCACAUAUAGCAGUCUCAGCGACCGAUCCGUUUCUUUGGAAUAAAAAUCGGGAAUACAUCAUUCGAAUGUUGGCAUCGGAUUUUUAUCAGAGUGAAGCUAUCUACAAUUUGAUCAAAUAUUACAACUGGCACGAAGUUUCAAUUCUGGCAACGGCAGAUUCGUAUGGACUAAACGGGAUUGUAAAACUAGAAAAUUUACUAAUAACAGACUCAAGUGUAAGGAUAAAAGAUAUGAUAGUUCUCUCAGCGGAUAAUACUACAACAGAAAUAUCAGGCCCACUGUCUGAGAUCCGGCACUCCCUUGUCAAGAUUAUCGUACUCAAUGCUGCAGCUGAGUUUGGGAAACGUGUCCUGGAAAAGGCCCACGAGUUAGGUCUGAUGGGACCAGAAUAUGUGUGGAUAGUUACAGAUGCCAUUGCGACACAGCCUCAAUAUUUAGCUGAAGAUAGUGGUAACUGUUUGAGUUUCUAUGAGGGAUUAAUAGGGAUCAAGUCAGCACAAAUAAAAGGUAACAAGUACAAGAAAUAUAAGGACUCUUACAUUUUGAACGGCGGUAAAGUUGAAGAUUUGACCAGCUACACAGAUCUGACUUAUGAUGCAAUAGGAUUUGUUGACGAAGCACUGAUUGGAGUUUCAGAGGACAUAACACAAGACGUGGAUUGUUCUUCUGGAUCAGAAGGUUGGAACCAAGGUAAAACUGUUCUGGAUUCAAUGCUACAAACCAGGUAUACGGGAAUUUCUGGAGGAAUCAAUUUUACAAUUAACGGAGAAAGGAAUGAGCCGUCUUACGAGAUAAUGAACUUUGUGGAUGAUAAGUUCACUACGGUCGGUACUUGGACCAAUUCAUCAGGCCUCCAGAUGACACAAAACAUGCAGUUUUUUGACGGAACCAAUCUCGUUCCAACUGGUGUUACUAAGAAUCUGGUAGAUAGACACCUGAGAUUAGGGACAGUCGAGGAGAAACCUUUCAUGUUUCAUUCCACAAAGGAAUGCGAAGGAAAUGCCUGCUGGUCGGGAAUGGUUAACGACAUGGUGGUACGGCUAGCUGAAGAGUUGUUUUUCACAUACGAGUACAUUUCUCCCGCUGAUUUAAAGUUUGGAGCAAAAAACGAGACUACCAAGGAAUGGAAUGGGAUGAUCGGAGAUCUGCUAGCGGAUAAAACUGACAUAAUAGCCAUCGACCUGUCAACCAACUCAGCCAGAAAAACUGUUAUUGAUUUCAGCUUUGGGUUUAUGGACGCAGGCUUAAGAGCGGUGGUGAAAGGUGAAUCAAAGACAAGUAACAAAUACUUCUUUUUGUCUCCAUUCGACCCUCUUGUCUGGUCGAUGAUUCUGCUUUCAUAUUUCAUCCUGGUUGCUCUCAUCUCCUGUAUUGGUAAGUUUUCUCCCUAUAGUAAGUAUGGAACUAAACUUUACGCCGUGAAAACGUGUUCUUGUAACCAAUGUACAGGACAGAGAUCUGAAAUGAAGAAGAGACGGUGCUCAAUACAUGGCAACAAGCUAUAUGUUUGUCUUAUAGACAAGGCAGAGGAAGAGGGCAGAAGUGAGGAAUCUUCCUUUAACAGCUCGUUGUGGAUGAUGGCCACUGGUCUAGUGGGACAUGCAAUUGGAGCACUCCCUAGUAUAUCAGGACGGUUCCUCCUCAUUAUUUGGUGGACGUUCAUGUUGGUUGUAACCUCCAUGUACACCGCUAACCUCACUGCCUCCCUUACUCUCAGUAAUCUCGACACUUCUCUGAAUACAGUCCUUGAUUUACUGGCACAGGAUACGUACGAGUGGGGGGUCAUUGGGAGCAGACAUCCUGAGACUCUUCUAAAGACGCACAUGGACGCCAGAUACAAGAGACUUGCUCAUGAAGGAAUAAAGUUACAGGGACUCAACGAUGCCGUGGAUACAGUACGUCAAGGUAACUUUGUCUUCAUAGAUGAGUCGCCUGUCCUGGCAUACAAUCUCGGAGGGGACUGUGAUAUAUUUUCUGUCGGAGAAGAGUUUCAAUCCUUUGCGUACGCUUUUGGUUUACCAAAAGACUCUCCGUAUAAAACUUUUAUAGACACAUAUCUCCUAAAGUUUAGAGAAGAAGGUUUUAUUGACAGUCUGUGGGAAAAGUGGACAGGGGGAGCUACCGUUUGUUCCACAUCAGUCAUGGCAGAGAAGGUUACGUUGAAUCUGGACACUUUAGCGGGAGUGUUUUAUUUACUUAGUGCAGGAGUCGCGAUUUCUUUCAUCCUGUUUUUGGUUGAGUUUGUAUAUGUUUCUGUUAAUGAAGCAAUGCAGAUCAAUGGCCUAACUUUUAUGAAGGCUUUGAAAAGACGCUUUAGAUUUAUCUGGAAUGACUUGUCAAACCGAAGAAAAAGUCGUAAUAAAAUAAACAUAAAUCGAGAUGUUGAAUUAGGAACUAUAGCAGAAAAUUAUGACGAUGGAUUGUUAGGAACUAUAGCAGAAAAUUAUGACGAUGGAUUGUAAAUUUAGUAAUUGUGCUGUGUACACACUUGUGUUAGAUUAUAUGUAAAUUAUUCAA